AAUCAGAGACGUCGCGGAGCCGGGCGGACUACAUUGCCCAGUAACCUCCUGGGCUCCGCUGUGUUUUCCUAUUCUGGGGUGCAGGGGGCAGCUGAACCACUCCAGCCUGGGACUGCUAGGAAGGUUGCGGGUCCGCCCGGCCGAGCCGAAGGAGAGAAAUGGUCCUCACCCGGCCACUCGCCGGUUGAAAAGGGGCCGCCCUGGCAGGGAAGCGGCAGCCGCGGCGCGGUGCAGCGGCGAGAAGGGGUGCGUUUUCGCCUUGCCCUGCUGCUGAAUGUCCGUCCCGGAGGAGGAGAGGCUUUUGCCGCUGACCCAGAGAUGGCCCCGAGCGAGCAAGUUCCUACUGUCCGGCUGCGCGGCCACCGUGGCCGAGCUAGCAACCUUUCCCCUGGAUCUCACAAAAACUCGACUCCAAAUGCAAGGAGAAGCAGCUCUUGCUCGGUUGGGAGACGGUGCAAGAGAAUCUGCCCCCUAUAGGGGAAUGGUGCGCACAGCCCUAGGGAUCAUUCAAGAGGAGGGCUUUCUAAAGCUUUGGCAAGGAGUGACACCGGCCAUUUACAGACACGUAGUGUACUCCGGAGGUCGAAUGGUCACAUAUGAACAUCUCCGAGAGGUUGUGUUUGGCAAGAGUGAAGAUGAGCAUUAUCCCCUUUGGAAAUCAGUCAUUGGAGGGAUGAUGGCUGGUGUUAUUGGCCAGUUUUUAGCCAAUCCAACUGACCUAGUGAAGGUUCAGAUGCAAAUGGAAGGAAAAAGGAAACUGGAAGGAAAACCAUUGCGAUUUCGUGGUGUACAUCAUGCAUUUGCAAAAAUAUUAGCUGAAGGAGGAAUACGUGGGCUGUGGGCAGGCUGGGUACCCAAUAUACAAAGAGCAGCGCUGGUGAAUAUGGGAGAUUUAACCACUUACGAUACAGUGAAACACUACUUGGUAUUGAAUACACCACUUGAGGACAAUAUCAUGACUCAUGGUUUAUCAAGUUUAUGUUCUGGACUGGUAGCUUCUAUUCUGGGAACACCAGCUGAUGUCAUCAAAAGCAGAAUAAUGAAUCAACCACGAGAUAAACAAGGAAGGGGACUUCUGUAUAAAUCAUCAACUGACUGCUUGAUUCAGGCAGUUCAAGGUGAAGGAUUCAUGAGUCUAUAUAAAGGCUUUUUACCAUCUUGGCUGAGAAUGACCCCUUGGUCAAUGGUGUUCUGGCUUACUUAUGAAAAAAUCAGAGAGAUGAGUGGAGUCAGUCCAUUUUAAACCCCUAAAGAUGCAGCCCUUAAAGAUACAGUGUUCAGUAUUAUUGAAAUAUGGGCAUCUGCAACACAUACCCCCUAUUAUUUCUACCUCUUUAGGAAGACACCUAUUCCACAGAGACUGAUUUAUAGGGGGCAGCACUUUAUUUUUUUUCUGGAAACCCAAGUUCUCUUUGACUCCUCUUUUUGUCCAAAAGUGAUCUGGUCGGAUCUCACAAGGCCAUCCAAUGAGACCCCGCACAGCAUUUUCUAAAGAAGAAUCGAAGCCUGACCACUUUCACCUUGGGCAAGAAGGUUUGGCCCUUGAGUUGCUAUUCUAUGCUGAAGAGCCUGCUUAGAGGAGGAGUACCAGGAGGGAGCCAGCAUCUCAGAUCUGAAGUAGAUGAUAGGAAUGUGGAAGAACACAACGUAGUGCUUAAGAAAUACAUUUAACCUGUUAUGUCAGUAUUUAUAAUUGAAGUUUGAUAAUUCACUUUUCUGUCAUUGUUAAAGUGUACAUAUUGUAAAUUAAAGGGAGGUGAAUGGAAAUUAAUGAAUAAACAUUUUGAGUUUCCCUAGUAUUGAAGGAAGUUGUACUUCUUGUCAGAAAGAUUAAAAAAAUCAAGUUGAAAUGAUGUUUGAAUUUCAAGAAAAGAGGCUGCUGUCAGUACCCUCUCAUUAGAUGUGUUAAUUGGUUAGCACUCCACUGCACAUGCUAAUGACUUCCUCUGACAGCCACACACGGAAUCUUGAUGAAAAAAGAGCAGAGCAUUUGCCUUGUUACAUAGUCUGUUACAAGCCAGAUAUAUUGCUAGCUCUCAAGAAUUGUAAUAUAUUAAGAACUACAACUUAUUUGAUUAAAACUCAGCUGUAUAGAUCCUUUUAUAAAGCACCUUUUGUUAACCAUCAGCCUUUCAUUGGUAUUUUAAAAGCAAGGCAGAUAGUCAUGUGUCCUUUCUUAUCUCCCUUACCUGACACUAGGGGCUCUAGAGAGGCAGAGAGAGCACUCACAAAUCACACUAAAACUGCCAAUGGCCUGACUCUUACUCAGUUUAGCAAAGCUCCUUGCCUAAAAAGUGAUAAGUAAAAAUCUGUUUAUGGUAUACAGUUAUGUCUCCAAUCUUUGAAUCAAAUCCAUGUUCUUAUUUUAGAAAGGUAAAAGAGUUCUUCAAAUUCAGCUACAUACCACCAGCUCUCCCAGCCUCAGACGGUGGGCAUUUCUGGAUGGAUGCCUGCGGUUAUGGAUAAAGGCUGUAACUGUUAAAAUAGAAAAACAUGAAGCUCGGGCCCAAGAAAGGCCUUGGAGCCAGCCAAGCAGAAUUGGUUCUGAUGGACAUGGAUGAUGUUGAACAGAAAAAAGUUUACAAGUGCUUUGCGGUUGCACUAAUGUAUACUCACUGCCAUUUUAAGAGGGGAAAGUACACUUUAAAAUAUAUUUGAAUGUCAUGUACUGAUACGCAGUAGCUUAUUGUUUUUCUAGUUGCAGAGAAUGUGAAGUUUAAUCUCUUAAAAUAUUUAGAUGGUCUGCUUUUUCAUUGAAUUUGUCAAUAUGAAAUUGCAUUGUAAAAUAUUAUAUAUAUAUAUAUGCUUAACUUCCCAAGUGUUCUGCAUUGAACCACUUUGGGAAAAUUUUGUUUUUUUAUGUUUUGUAAUUUUUAAAAUUAAGUAAAGACUGGAUCAAAAUAAUUACAUCCAAACUGGACCAUGAACAA